AACAGAUGCAGCUGUCCUCAUUGGUUGUCGUCCGAGUGUCAGCUUUAAAAAAAUCACUUGAUGCAAUAUUUCUGUACAAUGCACUGCGUAAUAUUGAUGAAUACCAUAAUAGUAAUGUGAUGUAUCCGGGUUAUUGUCACUGUUACUAUCAAUGCAACUGUGAGACAUUCAGUCUGUUAAAAUGCCCCUAAACAUCAAGCCAUCCUCACUAUCCCUACCAUGUGGUGUGAACGUCGGACAUGCACACAGAGAAAUAUUGGAAACCAUAGACAGUCGGACGUUAUCACCAAGGAAACCACGAGGGACGUUUUCUAGCUUCUAUACAUCACUUCUAUCUAUCACAUUAAUAAUAUCUUUAUUUGGUAUUUAUUCGUCGUUCAUGCGUAUCUCACAACAACCAAAUCAUCCAUUUGAUCGCGAUGUAUCAGAAACAGCAACGUCACAGGGGCAGAUACAUCUUUCACAAAACGAAUGGAUUAACCCAAAGGAAGAACUCAGGGUCGUUGUAGAUGGCGAAAUGUUUUCGUCCAAAGAAAAAAAAAAGGCCAUAGAGGAUGUUAAAAUGAUACAUCCGAACGAAGGACAGAGGGCCGCGGCGGAUGACAAAAUAACCCCUGCAACUGGAAUGCCUUUAGACCUCAAAGCCCUGAGAACCGUAUCUCGACUGAUUUAUAAUAGAGUUGGCAAAUGUGGCAGUAGAACACUUAUGGCAGUAACGGAAAGAGCUGCAGAAUGGAACAAUUUCAAGCACGUUAAAAGCCAAGAAUAUCAUGGCAUGACACUUACAAACCAGGAAGAAAUGGAAUUUAUUUCAGAAGUGAUGUCACUAAAUCCGCCUUUUAUUUACAAUAGACACGUGAGAUAUGUUAAUUUUUCCAGUCAUGGCAUCGAUAUUUCAUCAUCACCGAAGUACAUUAACCUAAUUAGGGACCCAGUAGACAGAAAAAUAUCUACAUUUUACUACACUAGAUUUGGUGAUGUUAAACACGAACGCGAAGACACCAAACGUAAUGCCAAUCUAACAUUCGAGGAAUGCGUUCUUGACAAUCAUCCAGAAUGUGCAGCCGGAAAAAUUGGUAUAAUUCCGUAUUUUUGCGGCCAAGUUGACGCGUGUCAUGAAGAUCACGAAUGGGCACUGGAAACGGCGAAGAGAAACGUGGUAGAGAACUUUGUUUUUGUCGGAAUUUUAGAACAAUUUGAAAUAUCAUUGAAAAUAUGGCAGUAUCUAUUACCGCAAUUUUUUCGCUCUGCGCCUGUUGCCUACCAAAAAAUCGUCCGUAGAGAAGCACUGACAAAGUUCAAGUCAAAAUCGAGAGUGGAGCCAUCGGAAAAAGUUAAAGCCAUUAUGAGGGAACGGAUGGAGUUAGACUACGAGUUUUAUAAUUUCAUAACAGAAAGAAUGAGACUGAUUGAAAAACAAAUACUUUCUGUAGCACAGAAAUUAAAAGACGAAACUUAG